AUGGAGUUAUCGGAUGCAUAUGGAAGAAGAAUAAAGGCAACAUGGGAUGCUGUAUCGACCAGGGUUUUUUGUGAUAUAUGUGUUGAGGAAGUCAUUGCUGGUAAUCGGUCUAAUACCCAUUUUAACAAGACCGGAUGGGUAAACGUGGUCGGCAAGUUUCAGGAAAGGGCAAAAAGAAAUUAUGACUACAAGCAACUGAAAAAUAAGUGGGAUUCACUUAAAAGGGAUUGGGUGUUAUGGAAGCUGCUUGUCAGGAACGAAAAAAGAGUUGAAUGGGAUUACGAGAGAGGUACUAUCAACGCUAAUAUGGAAUGGGGUGAUGAGAAAUUAAAGGUUUUUCCCGAUGCUGCAAAGUUUCAUGGAGGAGGCUUGGAGAAUAUGAAACAAUUGGAUAUCAUGUUCUCGAAUGCACUGCCUUCGGGUGAGACGACUAGGACGCCUGCUUUUAAUGCCAUGCUACCUGCGCCACUUGUUGAUGAAUCAAAUGAAGAUCAGAUAGAAGGUAGCAGCGAUUCGGAGGAUGACGUCAAUUUUGCGAACAUCAAUGCGGACAAUGUAACAGUUGCCUCUUACAUCACCCCUAUCCGGGAAUUUCCUGGAGAAGGACGUGUCAAGCGGAAGAAGAGAACGUUCGACGUUCAAGAAGAGGCGAAAGGGAAAAGGGGUUGCAGAAGAAAAGUGAUGCUUGGAAAUGUUGUCUACAUGCAUAAAGAAUUGGAGCGCAUCCGUGAUGCUGUCGAGAGUUAUAACUCGCAAGCGACUUGCUCGGUUACAUCGAGGAAGACCGAUUACCCCGGAUGUGGCAUCAUGGAGUGUAUGGGGUUGCUAGAGACAAUUCCCGGGGUAGAGAUCGGUGGCGAAUUAUACAUGCUGGGCACCCGUUUGUUCAUAAAACGCGACUAUAGAGAAAUGCUUGUUGCUCUGAAGAGACCGGAUGUGCAGCUCUUGUGGCUCAAGCAGGAGCUCGAGACGGAGGCGAGGAGUCGCCAGGAUUGA